CUUAAGCCCCGCUCCUCGAGGUGUUAGGUUGGUCUCUGUUUGUGUCAGUAAACAAACAUUAACUCGGUGUUUUAUCAAACCUUCAGAUUCGACAACUCACAAUGCAGGCCUGGAUUCCUCCGCUUCUGCUUCUCGUGAGUUUUCAUGGCGCCUCGGCAAGGACUCACUCUCUGAAGUAUUUCUUCACUGCGUCUUCUCAAGUCCCAAACUUCCCAGAGUUUGUGAUUGUUGGGUUGGUUGAUGAAGUUCAGAUGUUCCACUAUGACAGCAACACCAGGAGAACAGAACCCAAACAGGACUGGAUGAACAGAGUCACAGAGGAUGAUCCUCAGUACUGGCAGACACAGACUGACAUUGCUGUGGGUGACCAGCAGUCCUUCAAAGCCAACAUUGAGAUUUUAAAGCCACGCUUCAACCAAACUGGAGGUGUCCACAUUGUCCAGUUGAUGUAUGGCUGUGAGUGGGACGAUGAGACCGGAAAAACUAAUGGUUUUCGUCAGUAUGGUUAUGAUGGAGAAGACUUCAUAUCAUUUGACCUGAAGACAGAGACAUGGAUCGCUCCAAAUCAACAGGCUGUCAUCACCAAACACAAGUGGGACAGUAACAAAGCUCUGAUAGCUUCUUGGAAGAAUUACGUCACUCAGAUUUGUCCUGACUGGCUGAAGAAGUACGUGGACUAUGGGAGGAGCUCUCUGCUGAGAAAAGACCGUCCCUCAGUGUCUCUCCUCCAGAAGUCUCCCUCCUCUCCAGUCAGCUGCCACUCUACAGGUUUCUACCCAAACAGCGCCAUGAUGUUCUGGAGGAAAGAUGGAGAUGAGCUUCAUGAGAACGUGGACCACGGAGAGAUCCUCCACAACCAUGAUGGAUCCUUCCAGAUGAAUGUUGACCUGGACGUGUCAUCAGUCCCACCUGAAGACUGGAGGAGGUAUGAGUGUGUGUUUCAGCUCUCUGGUGUGAAGGACAUCAUCACCAAAUUGGACAAAGCAGUGAUCUGGACCAACAGAGAGAAACCCACUGACAUGACCGUCCCCAUCAUUGCUGCAGUGGUUGUUCUUGCUCUCGUCCUCAUCGCUGUGAUCGGAUUUGUCAUUUACAAAAAGAAGAAUGCCAAACGCCCUCCAUCUCCUAUAAGCAACCCUGAGGUGUUGGAGGAACUGAAUCCAAAUGCAUAAAUGGCAAACACACCAUCCUGCACACAGUUUAUGGAUACAUUUUGCACUGGAUCACGGAGCGGUGUCACCACAUUCUCCUCCAUAAACUGAGAAUCCACCAGUUAUUCAUCAAUCAUAUCAUAAACUGAUAGAAUCAAGGUUGGGAAUUAAAAAAAACAAAAAUGUGAAAAAUUAGUUGGCAAAUAUCAUGAAACAUAAAUGGUGACAUGAAAUCAUUGCUCAUCCUCUAAUAAAAUAUUGCCUUAACUGUUGGUAAAUCAAAUAAGCACGAUUAUUUUUGGAGAAAAGUAAAAUACAACUUUCAAAACAAUGAAAACAUCACAGUGCUCUUCACACAUACAUAAUAAAGAUUUGUGUAUAACUUUAAAACCAAUCCACCAUAGUUACAGUUUGAUGCUUCUGCUGUUGGGCUUUUCUGGUUAAUGUGUUAUUGGUAAUUCAGUUUCAACCAGUUGAGAGUUUUCUUUACUAUUUAUACUGAGAAAGUCAUUAUUUGGUUCUCUGUCUGUAUUCGAUCACUGAGGGCAACACUGCAAAUCAAUCAGCAACAUCCAAAAACAUGCUAUGUAAACUGGACACUCUAAUUGGACACUCUAGAUUUACAGUAGAUGUCAGUGUAAAUGGUCAUCUAUCUGUGUUACUCCUGGUAAUAAACUGUACUCCACUCGACCCUCAGCGGGAUGAUUUUUUGUAUCACUGUUGUGAAUCACACGUAUCACAACAUGAAAUCACACAAACAAUGAUAGGUUGUAUCAAUGUUGCCCACCCCUAUGCACACACAUACACAAAAUAUAAACAUCAGUCCAAAUUUAUUUUCCAGUUCUGUAAAUACUCUGUUUCCUUAAAAGUGAUAACAUGUUUGAUUUUACUCAAACAGAAACAAGUAAGUUAUGUCGUUGAGGUUUUUCUUAAUUAGGAGUAUGUUGUUGUUUUUUUGUUUCAUUAUAUCUAUCUUUUGAUGUGUUUUAAGCUUCUCAGCACACUUAUAGAAAUGUUCUUGAAAAUAUUUGCUACUAUUAUUUGGGGACAAGGGAUGUUUUCCCUCUUGGUUUUGUAACCAUAAAGAAAUUGAACAGUGAUGUUCCAAAUCACUUGUUGUGUUGGUUAAGUCGGUGAUUGUCAGAUGAAGUUGCCUUGCUUUUUGUACUUUUGAUUUGCUUUUCAAUAAAGUGUCUAAAAUUCCA